GAAAGUGACACACUCAGAUCGGAAGCCGGCACCUUUACACCGAUCGAUCCCGCCAUUGACUCAGAUACUGGUGCGCGUUUUUUUUAUUAUUAUAAAAUAAAUUUUUACCGAGGUUUUUGUUUGUUUUCCUCUCGGGUUUGCCAAGUUGCUGGUGUUUCCGCACGAGCGUCUUCCCGUUUGUGUUGCGUUACGCGCUUUUCUUUUUUCCCCGUGGAUGAAGCCAUGAGUUCAGGAGGACAGAUUUGCGCCGUAGAGACGCUUUUGAUCUGAAAUAAGGACCAAAAACGUGAAGAAUAGGGAAAAAAGAGUCCAGAUUGCACCUUUAAAGCAAGUUUGGGUCUGCGCUCCGGUGCAGUGAGGAAGAAUCCCGGCACCAAGACAAAUCACUGCUGGUCCUGAGAAAGACUCUUUCUCUCUCUCUCUCUCUCUCUCUCUCUCUCUCUCUCUCUCUCUCUCUCUCUCUCUCGCACACACACACACACACACACACACACACACACACACACACACGCACACUUUUCUCACCACUAUACUUCCCCACAGACGAUAAGCACACACAUCCUCCGUCCAUCUUCUGUCUCCGACCAUCUCUCCACUCAGUCCGCUGCUCUGCGCUCCGCGACGCCACCGGCAACUUCAAGUUUAUUUCUAAUUUUUUUUUUGUAAUUUGUGGAUCUCCGGUCCGACUCCAGAUCAGCAGUCCCGUGUGAUCCAUACCUGAGAGCCGACCCAAGCCCAGCCCUGGAUUCAAUACUCCUGAUCAAUGGACAGAGCCUCGUCAGCGGCCAGCAGCGCUACAGACACGCCGUAAACAACUCGUUAUCCCUGGCUGGAGCUCCUCCGGGAGUUUGGAGGGGGAUGGAGCGAGGAGGGGAGAGCCCCAUCAUGCAGGACAGUCCUGAGAGGAGGGGAGGCAGCCCGGACCUCGGCAGCCUCCCGCCGCCGGGGAAAAAGGGCCGCUUGGAGCUCAACGGGAGCCCCACGGGGCCGCGCAUUCGCCACAACGGAGCCCCGCAGAGACCGCUGGGAGGUCUGAUGAUCCCCGUCUUCUGUGUGGUGGAGCAGUCAGAUGGAGGGAUUCAGACGGAUGGAUGCGAGGGAAGAGAGGAGCACGCAGAGUUUGUCCUGGUCAGGAAGGAUAUCCUGUUCUCUCAGCUGGUGGAGACGGCUCUGCUGGCGCUGGGCUACUCGCACAGCUCGGCCGCACAAGCCCACGGCAUCAUCAAGGUGGGAAGGUGGAACCCGCUGCCCAUCCACUUCCUGACCGACGCGCCAGAGGCCACGGUGGCUGACAUGCUGAUGGAGGUCUACCACAUGGUCACGCUGCGCAUCCAGCUGCAAAGUUUUGCCAAGCUGGAGGACCUGCCCUGUGAGCAGUGGAACCACGCCACCGUCCGAAACGCUCUCAAAGAGCUGCUGAAGGAAAUGAACCAGAGCACUCUGGCCAAAGAGUGUCCUCUGUCACAGAGUAUGAUUUCUUCCAUAGUGAAUAGCUCAUACUAUGCCAACGUCUCCACUGCCAAGUGCCAAGAGUUUGGCCGCUGGUACAAGAAGUAUAAGAAAAUCAAAGUAGACUACGUGGAGAAGAUGUGGUCUGGAAGAGACGCCACUGACAUCAAAAUUGAGAGAGACAGCCUGGCAGACUUCUGUGUCCUGGGACAGAGGCCUCCUCCUCACCUGGCCAGCCUCGCCCAGCUCACUCACCUGGGAGCGGGCAGCCCCCUCCUCAAGGCUGGAUCUGGAGACCCCCAGGCCCCGUCCCAGCCUCCUCAGCAGCCCCCUCCCUCCCAGCAGCAGCCCUCACCCCAUGGCCCCCUCCACCACAGCCCACCUCUCCGCUCCGGCCAGGUGCCCCCUCCGCCCCCUCCUCCCCCUCCCGGUGCCCUGCAGCCCCUGCUAGGCCCGGGCGGGCUGCUCUCCCCUCAGCUCUCUCCCCAGCUGGUACGCCAGCAACUAGCCAUGGCCCACCUCAUUAACCAGCAGCUCGCUGUUAGCCGCUUGCUGGCCCACCAGCACCCACAGGCCCUCAACCAGCAGUUCCUCAACCACCCACCCAUCCCUCAAAGGUCAUCCAAGGCUGGCGGGGACCAUCCUGGCAGCAACCCCUCGGCCGCCGAGGUCUCCACUGACAUCUACCAGCAGGUCAGAGAUGAGCUGAAGAGAGCCAGUGUUUCCCAGGCCGUGUUCGCCCGUGUGGCUUUCAACCGCACACAGGGCCUGCUGUCGGAGAUCCUGCGCAAGGAGGAGGACCCUCGCACCGCCUCCCAGUCCCUGCUGGUCAACCUGAAAGCCAUGCAGAACUUCCUCAACCUGCCCGAGGGAGAGAGAGACCGCAUCUACCAGGAGGAGAGAGAGCGCAGUAUGAAUCCUUCAGUGGGCCUGCCUGCCUCCAACUCCUCCAGCCCCGGGGUUGCACGCCUCUCACAGAAAGUGUGGGAGAGGAGCUUGGAUGACCAGCUCACUCCUGAUACCUGGGCCUCCAUCUGGAAGAACAAGACUAAGAUCUCCAACUCGCCCAAGCCCUCAGGUCCGGCCCCUGACCUCCCUCUGAAGCUGGAGUCGCUGGUCAACAUCACAUCGGGCAUUUAUGAUGAGAUCCAGCAGGAGAUGAAGAGAGCCAAGGUCUCCCAGGCUCUGUUCGCCAAGGUCGCUGCCAACAAGAGCCAGGGUUGGCUGUGUGAGUUGCUUAGGUGGAAAGAGAACCCCAGCCCAGAGAACCGCACCCUGUGGGAGAACCUGUGCACCAUCCGGAGGUUUCUGGCCCUGCCUCAGGCCGACAGAGACCUGGUGUACGAGGAGGAGUCCAGACACCAUCACACCGAGAGGCUGCACACCGUCCUCCACCUGCCACAGGACACACAGCUCUUUUGUCUCUCUCGACAGGCACUUCACAGGCCUCCUCCAGCCCCACUCAAGGAGCACCACCACUCUCCCAUGCGUGAGGAGCCUUUAUCUGCCCCGGUGCCCGAGGAGGGCUCGCAGAACGUGGGAGCAGGAGCGACAGGCGGCGGCCCGCCUGGAAGCAUCAGCAGCGGCGGGAGCACCAAGAAGCCCCGAUCUCGCACUAAGAUUUCCCUGGAGGCGCUGGGUAUCCUGCAGAGCUUCAUCCAGGAUGUCGGCCUGUACCCAGACCAGGAAGCCAUCCACACCCUGUCAGCACAGCUUGAUCUGCCUAAGCACACCAUCAUCAAGUUUUUCCAGAACCAGCGCUACCAUGUCAAGCACCACGGCCGCCUCAAGGAGCUGGGCGAGGGCGCUGCCGCCAGCGGAGGGGUGGAUGUCAGCGAGUACCGGGACGAGGAACUGCUCUCAGGCUCUGAGGACCCCGAGUCCAGUGAGGACGGAGCUGAAGAAAUGUACCAGUCCACAGAGGGAAACGGAGGGAGCACAGGAGGAAUGAGCCAGGCUCCAGCCUCGUCCACCUCCACCUCCACCUCCAGCCAGGCCUCCACCGGAACCAGUGUGGCUCAGGAGGAGGGCAAGGACAAGGGGCACGGCCGGCCUGGUGGCCCCCUGGCACCCGGGAGCUCCUCAUCCAGUCCCAGAGAGCAGGCUGACUACCAGAGAUAGAGACUGACAAACAGAGGAGAAGACAGGGAGAACGAGAGAGGGAGAGGGAAAGAGGAAAAGAGGGGUCCCGUGAUAAUGAAUUGAGGAAUUGGGGAUGAAAUGAUGGAUGAAGCAGCCACGCAGAAACUGUAGAGGAGAGAAGUGGCUCUGUAGGCGUAGAUUGACAAAGAAAUGAUUAGACACAAAUACUGUACAUCAUAUAAAUUCAUAUUCAUAGUGACAAUCUCAGACAGUCACCUGUCAAAAUUUGUGGAGUGAUAAAAAUUACAGUGUUACCUCAGUGAAAUAGAGCAGGUGUGCAGUAUGCUGUGACACAGCAGAUGAUGUGUAACUGUGAAAGACAGUUUUCCCAGAAACUUUUGAAUAUUUCACCCACAAAGAUUUGUUUUGGGGGUAGAACUAUUGCCGCACAUACAUUCAACCCACAGACACGACAAAAUCUCAGAAAAAAAUAGGGAAUGAUCACACCCCUCUCUUAACCAGCCAAUCCCAGGAAGAAGAGGCUCUCCAAGGAGGGCGGGAUUUCAUCUUCGCUCUGGCCAGUAACUGUUGUCUUUCUCUCUCUAAUGUCUCUAGCACACAACACACAUGAUGUAUUCCCUAAUUCAGGGGUCGAAAUGGCCCCGCUGACUGACAUUUAUGAACAGGACCCUGGGGCCUACGGAGACCUCCACAGUCUCCAUAAAUCCUCAGGACACACACAGACUGCUCUUGGCUGCCUGAGGACUUGGAUGGACGGCGGUCGCUGUUCGUCUGCAGGCUGCAUUUCAUGUAGCGAAAGGAUCCGACCACCCCGUUACCCCCUCACACACACUCCCCGCCGCCACACAUCCCACCACCGAUCCAAUCCAGCACUUAUGUCCUUCACACAGACGCUCAUAUUUGGUGGAAGUGACGUACUUUCUCUCGCCUCCCUCUCCUCACUCUCGCGAAAAAAAAAAAAAAAAGCUGCGAAGGUUAAAAUGACUCGUUUUGGAGCACGGGGUCAUUUUGGCAGAGGAGAGCGGACUGACAUCAAGUGUCCCGACGUGCAAAAGCCUCCGAGGAAGUGGCGUGGAGGGAUGCUCAGGGCUGUGCACCCGAUGCUCCGAACCUUUCCAGGCACCACCCACCCUCGCAUGUGUGGCGAGAAAAAUGUCAAGGAAGGAAGGACAGAGCGGAGAUUCAGCAACCAAACAAUCAGUCACUUUAUGUGCGGUAUUCCACCCGUUUCACUCUUCCUGUCCUCUCUCUCCAUCUCACUCCCUCCCCUCAUCUUGCUCUUUUCCUCUCUCUAAUUGGUGCCCACAGUCUUGUGUUUCACCGCACCUACCCGCACUUAAACUUCACCAACCCUAUUUAUUGCUAUCUUUAUCCAUGAUUAUUAUUAUCAUUAUUGUUAUUAUUGUUGUUAUUAUGGUUGGAAUUGCUGUCAUCGUGUGCUAUUUUUAGUUUUUAUUUCCAUGGUUUUAAAAUAUUGGCUUUCAGAAAGUGGCGGUUGUUUGGGUAACAAGAGACAUAAGAGCACACUGCCCAAAAAGAAAAAGGAAGAGAAGGAGCGGAAAGUGAAAGAAAACGAAAAAGAAGCAGUUACUGAGUGUUAUUGAGUAAAAAAAGAGUCCUGUCAUGUUGUAUUAUGCCAAUUCUUUUGCGACCCUGUUUCCCAAAGACAGUAAAAAAAAAA